UGACGUCAGGACGUUGAGGUGACGUCAGGACGUUGAGGUGACGUCACGUCCUCUGAUCUGUAUAAUAUCGGCCACGUGACAACGGAGACCGGCUGCGCUCAUCGCUCCGAUCAGACGAAAGACAUCCUGAACCUCACUCGCCAUGGAUUUCCUGCCGGCGCUGUUCAAGUACAUCGAUGACAACCAGGAACUCUACGUGAAGCGUCUCUCCGAGUGGGUGUCGGUACCCAGCGUGUCCUCGUGGGCUGAGAGCCGCCAUGACGUUGUCCGCAUGGUGCAGCUGGCCGCCCGCGAGGUUACUCGGCUCGGAGGCAGCGUGGAGCUUGUGGACAUCGGCACCCAGACGAUGCCGGAUGGCUCCAAGCUGGCGCUGCCGCCCAUCCUGCUGGGCACGCUGGGCACAGACCCGGCCCUCAAGACACUCCUCAUCUACGGACACCUUGACGUGCAGCCGGCCCGGAUCGACGACGGCUGGGACACCGAGCCCUUCACCCUCACCGAGAAGGACGGGAAGCUGUACGGUAGAGGCUCCACGGACGACAAGGGCCCAGUGCUGGGCUGGCUGAACGUCAUCGAAGCCUACCAGAGCCUCAAGCAGCGGCUGCCAGUGAACAUCAAGUUCUGCCUCGAGGCGAUGGAGGAGUCGGGCUCCGAGGGGUUGGAGGAGCUCGUGGCGACUCGCAAGGAGAGCUUCUUCAGCGGCGUCGACUUUGUCUGCAUCUCGGACAAUUACUGGCUGGGCAAGAGCAAGCCCUGCCUCACUUACGGCUUGCGAGGCAUCACCUACUUCUUCAUUGAGGUGGAAUGCGCCAACAUGGACUUACACUCUGGAGUGUUUGGAGGCUCCGUUCACGAGGCCAUGACGGACCUCAUCGCCCUCAUGAACUCGCUGGUGGACAAGAACGGCCGUAUCCUGGUGCCAGGCCUCUAUGAGCAGGUCGCUCCGCUGAGCCCAGAGGAGGAGGCCUCCUAUAAAGACAUCGACUUCUGCCCAGAGACAUUCCGGCAGGACCUGGGGGCGAGCCGUCUCCUCCACCUCAGCAAGGAGCAGCUGCUGAUGCACCGCUGGCGCUACCCGUCGCUGUCGCUGCACGGCAUUGAGGGAGCCUUCUCGGAGCCGGGCUCCAAGACGGUGAUCCCUCGGCGCGUCAUCGGCAAGUUCAGCAUCCGCCUCGUGCCAGACAUGGACCCCCUGCACGUCGAGAAGCAGGUGAAGGCUCACCUGCAGGCUGCGUUCGAUGAGCGGCAGAGCCCCAACAAGUUGAGCGUCUCUAUGGGGCACGGUGCACGCGCCUGGGUCGCAGACGUCAACCAUCCCCACUACAUGGCCGGGCGACGUGCCGUCAAGACCGUGUUUGGCGUGGAGCCGGACCUGACGCGCGAGGGAGGCUCCAUCCCCAUCACGCUCACCUUCCAGGAGGCAACGCAGCGCAGCGUUCUGCUGCUACCCAUGGGCGCGGCAGACGACGGGGCUCACUCGCAGAACGAGAAGCUCAACCGCACCAACUACGUGCAAGGCACGAAGCUGAUGGGCGCCUACCUGUACGAGGUGUCUCAGCUGGAGUGAUCCACACCACCUCCUCGCUCCUCAACCACCUCGUCUCAACCACCUCGUCUCACCACCGCCACCACCUCGUCUUAAUGCAGCGCCCACCACAGCACCCACCACUCCCCGCAUCAGUAGCCAUCA